UCUAAGUCAAUCAGAGUUGCAAGCUUUACGUACUACGAGUAAUUAUGAGAUAAUAUAAUACUGUAGGGACUUUGGCUUGGAACAGUAAUUUAGAUGUACUGCUGUACAUCGAGGAAAAUUAGCUAUACCUGUAUUUUGAAUAGUCUCCUGUUUUACUUUUUUCUAUUAUUUCUCAUCACCCAGUACUAAGAUUCCCAAAGCUAGGGGCUUGUCUUUUUUGGUUAUAUUACCAUGUAAAACAGUAUCUAACAAUGUAGUUUGGUAAAUAAUGCCGAUAACUGAAUAACUGUUGAAAUAAGCGUGACUGAGGAGAGAAUUUUUUAGCUAUAAUGAUUGAAAAUGACUUAGAAAUCAGAACCAGAAGUGGGAAUAUAUUUAAUUAUGCUUAGAAAUAAGAAAACCUUUUAUAUCAAAUGCAAUACAUACGGGAUGAUUUCACAAAUGAUAUGAAAGUGUUUUGUGUUUGAAGCAGAGAGUAGCCAUCCUGUUAGAAAGAAUUCAUAUACUUUUGUAGAUGAUCUGUUACAAGAAUUUGCUGAUCACACUGUGUCUCCUGUGUUAUUAUUUAUCAGUAGCCCAUUGAUCCCAAAUUUGUUUUCCUGUUCUGUAUAGCAAUAAUAAAUUAGAGCAGUUCUAUUUUUAUUUUAAGUAUGUAUGUUAAAUUCCUGACUGGCAUCCCAGGGAAGGGAGGAUGGGGUAAAGUGUCUAAAAUUGGAAAUAAAUUAUUUAUGUAUUGUAAAGGGAUGAAGCAAGAUCAUGAAUCUUUGCUAAUUUUUCUUGCUGAAGGUAUAAAUACCAAUUCAAUGCAUACUUAUGAUCAGAAGGUACGAAGCCUGGAGAGAAACGGAAUAUCUGAUGAGUUCAAAAUAAAUAAUUUGUAUUCAGGAGUUUUUCUUCUAUAGUAAGAAUAAGUCUUUUUGCUUGUUUUUCUGCUUAAUCUAUACUCGCUUUUUUCCCUCAUCCAUGGAGUAUAUUUAUCUAAAACUAAAGGUCACCACUAAGAUUCAGGUCGGAACGUAAUAUAUACCUAAAAAAAUAAUUUUAAACAACAGAAAAAGCAGAUGGGAACAAGGAGUGGGCUAAAUUUUAAGGAUUUCAACAUCAUCAUCAUACAAAAGCUUUUUUUCUACCUUUGGUUGCUGUUAUUGUCACAUUUGUUUCUUUCUGUAUAGUCUGCACAGUUGGAAGCGGGUGUCUGUUUCAUAAUGAGAUUGUGACAGAAGGCUGUAAACUGUACCUUUGAAGAGAUUAGGAAACCAACUCAGAUGGCCCAGUACAACUACAUUAAGCAUUUUUUGAUUAACGCAAUUCCCCUUAACCUGGUUGGGCAUACAGUAUUUUGUUUUCCUGCUUUAUGCCUGUACUAGUAUUUUGAUUUAUUAUGGUUAUGUAUCUACUGUCUAAAUAAAAUCUUAAUGCCACUAUAAGUAUUUCUCAGAUAGUUUGCCAUUCUUUGUUUCUCCAUACUGAAAUAUUUGUUUUCCGCUUUUAAAUAUUAGACAACAAUUUUGGGUUUCAUCUCCUGAUUUGAAAGACAUCCAUCUCAAGGUGUGGAUGACUGCUAAGUACAUAGUGGUUGGAAUAUCUAGCAUAAAAGGAGGAAUGGGACUUGACCUGGUCACCGGUUCUGCAAAACCAAGCGAAUGACUGAUGGGAAACAGAGCACUUGCAGCAGUGGCAGUAGCUUGGCAGUGGUGCAGAGGAAGGCUCAAGACAUGAAAAGGACAGCUAUGAAGUCAGAAGACAACAAGCCAUUCCUGCAUGUGACUGGAGGCCUGCUGCUUUGCAUAGUAGCAGUGGCUUCAGGAAUUUUUGAUGGUGCUCACACAGAUAUUGGCUAUGAGCAUUACGCUGAACCAACUGUGGCUGGAAUGCCAGCUUUCCUAGCUAUGCCAGCAAAUUGCUUAAUCAACUUGGCCUACGUACUUCUGGGUUGGUAUUGGUGGCCACCAGGUGACAAGAACAGGCAGACCUGCUACUUUCAGGAGGUCUUUGCCCUCAUGGCGCUUGUAUAUGGGCCUACACAAUGGGUCCGGUUAUGGACCCAGCAUCAUUGGGCAGCUGUGUUAGAUCAGUUGUUAACACUACCGAUUUUUGCUUGGGUUAUUGUUUGGUGCCUCUUUCUUGAAUAUGGGUGGCAACCACAUGUUUUUCUAGCCAUUGAAGCAACUUCACUGACUAGCUAUGUUCUGGCACUGCUUCACCCGCAAGGUUUUGAGUUGGCACUGGGUGGACAUAUAUUUGUUGUUUUUUGGACAGUACUAAAAGUGCAGACACAUUUGGGUAAUGCUAGUUCCACCUGGAUUAUAGUACUGGGGACGAUCUCUUGCUUGGGCUUUGUAAGCCUCAAGGUGUGGGAUCAGGAACUGGCCCAGUGGGCACUUUUCUCUCGGCUCACUGGUCAUUUUUGGUCCAAGAUAUGCGAUGUGUUGCAGUUCCAUUGUGCUUUUCUCUUCCUUACCCUACUGAGCAGACAUCAGCUAAGCUCUCAGUGAAUUAAUCUAUGAUCUUAAUGAACAGUCUUAAUCAAAGGAUAAUCUUACUGUAACAGACAGGAACAUAAUGUGGUUUGAAAGAAUAAAAAAAGUCUGCUAAAAA